GCUCGCUCCACCACCAUGCGCGACGACGAGCCCCCGCUCCCGCCGCCCUCGCCCGCGCCCGUGCACGCCGGGCCCUCGCGUCUCCGCCGGACUCUGCACACGCUGCGCUCCCCGUUCCGGCCCGGCUCGCCCUUCCACAUCGGCUCGAUCAAGCGCUCCGGCUCCAUAAAGUCGGUCCUCUCAGACGGUGAGAUCUCGCGCGACGAACGCACGAUGCGUAAACGGAACAAGAAAUACCGCGACGCGGCGAGCGACGCCUCUCGCAGUACCGACAGCUCGCCCGGCACCGCCGUCGUCGACAAAAAGAAAAAGGAUGGCAACCUGCUGCGUAGAAUGGGCAGUAUGGGUAAGAAACGCAUCGAGGAGGUAGCUAAGCCGUCACCUAAGCCGUCCAAAUCCACCCUGGAGCCACCUCCCAACCUAUCAUUUGAGCCAGAGCCACAAAAGGAAACUGAACAAUUGACGCCCGAGCCCGCAAGUCCUAUUGCAGUGGAACAUCCAGUAGCAACCCGACCAUUCACAAAAGCCGCCUGGAAGCGGAACAGCGAACCCGAAAUGGAAAAACCGGUCGAAGAGCCGAGCCCGGGAAACGCAUUGCGUCGGCGCAUAACAAUUGCCGCUCAAGCGUCCACGUGCUUAUCGGAGGAUCGCGACGACGGAGAGAGGGGAGCCUCCGAGGUGGGGUCACUAGAAGAGGCGGUGGCGUUGGCGCGCGUGAAGCUCGCGGCCGCCGCGCCGCCCUCACCGUCACAACCGCGCGACAACCACGCCGAGGUAGAGGGGUGCUCGGACGCGAUGCCCGCUUACGGAGACCUCAUCGAACCGGAGAGCAAGGGGAGCGAGCCCGCACCGUCGCACGCCUCACCCAGCGUAGAGAGACGGGAGCACCUGUAUAAGAUCCUGGUGAUCGGAGAACUCGGCACGGGCAAGACCUCCAUCAUUAAGCGAUAUGUCCACCAGUUCUUCAGCCAGCACUACAGAGCCACGAUAGGCGUCGACUUCGCACUCAAAGUUCUUAAUUGGGACGCGAAUACCAUCAUACGUUUACAGCUAUGGGAUAUUGCAGGUCAAGAGCGUUUCGGCAACAUGACGCGCGUGUACUACAAAGAGGCGGUGGGCGCGUUCAUCGUGUUCGACGUGGCGCGGGUGGCCACCUUCGACGCCGUGGGCAAGUGGAAGAACGACCUCGACACCAAGGUGCAGCUGCCCGACGGCUCGCCCAUACCCUGCAUACUGCUCGCUAAUAAGUGUGACCAGCAAAAGGAAGGUAUAGUGAACUCCCCAACAAAGAUGGAAGAGUACUGCAGGGAGAAAGGGUUCGCGGGCUGGUUCGAGACCUCCGCCAAGGAGAACAUCAACAUCGAGGAGGCGGCGCGCUCACUAGUUAAUAAGAUCCUUCUAAACGACAAAUUACUUCAGAGCAGCGACAAUAGAGAUGGUGAAAAGUUCGCGCUAGACCACAAAAUCGCAAACGGUCAGAACAGCAGAGACGGCAACGGCAAGAACUGUUCGUGCUGACCAACCACGGGGAGCCAUCAAUGAAAUGGCCAAUCGGAACGCGUCAAUUAACAUACAAAGAAACGGCGGACCAAUCACGUUGCAUUCGUUAUUUAAAAAUUUUAAUGUAUACAUGUAUACUAAACAUAUUCUGUGAGUUUGUAAGUACCCUCAUUCUACUUAAGUAUAGAGUUGAGAAUUAUUUCAGAAAUUACUUUCGGUUAUUGUUUUAUCUGAUACGUAAUGCAAUUUGAACAAUGUAACGUAUAUAUAAGUACUAAGUAGGAGUUAAAUAAUGACAUUCAAGUGCCUGUAUGCAUCGAAUUUAUGUACAAUAAAAAAUUGGGGUGGGUAGAGUGGUCACCUAGAAAGGCAUCACGAACUUACAUUAAAUUAUCACAUAAUAUAUUUAGAAUUUGGUUUGUCCACACCGCUCCGUCUGCCCCAUUGUUUGUUAUAAAUAUAUUAUUAUAAAUGGAUUGUGAAGUUGUAGUGCCAUCCGCGGCUGAGUUAUCGAUUAAUACGUAAUGACUAUUAUAAUGUACUUUGUGUUUGGAGCUGUUGGGACAUGAUACACAUUUUUAGAAUGUAACAAAUUAAAUUAAAUAUUCCUUUUUGCUAUUUACUAAUUUAAGGGUUUAAAGAUUGCUGUGAAGAAUAUUCAUAAUUAUAAUAUACAAUAAAUUUAAGAACGCAUUGGUUUUAAAUCUAUACUACCCUAACACGUCUCUGUGUAAAAGUACAUACAUAUGUAAUGUUGAUGAAUAAGUAUUAUCUACUUAUUGUAUGUCUGUGUGCGUGUUGUUAUUGUACAUUCAAUAAAGUAUUUAGUGAAA